AUGGGCGAAAUCCUCGAAACAACUUCUAUUGCCGCUAAGGAUGGUCAUGCGGUUACAGCGAUAAAGGAUAUCACCUACGGCUCUAUCGCCGGUAUGGUAGGCAAAUUUAUCGAAUACCCUUUCGACACCGUUAAAGUCCGACUACAGACCCAAAACCACUUCAAAGGACCCCUCGAUUGCUUCACCCAAGGUUUAAGAAAUGAUGGAAUAACAGGGUUAUACCGUGGUAUUGCGCCGCCGCUGGUUGGGGCAGCAGCAGAGAACGCAGGACUAUUCUUCGGCUACACGGCCUCUCAGAACGUUAUCCGCCAAUCCUUCUACUCUUCUUACGAUCCAGAACAAAAACUGCCAAUGCCGGCAUUGGUCACCUGCGGCGCCAUAGCCGGCGCAUUCUGUAGUUUAAUAUUAACCCCCAUAGAGCUCAUCAAAUGCAAAAUGCAAGUCCAAGCCGUCACCCCGCCUCUGGAAUCCUCCAACAACAUCAAUAAUAAUAAUAUUAAUAAUAACAACAAUAAUGUAUCACCAAAAUCCACAACUUCUACCACCACUCCCACCCAAAACCGUUCUUACACGACCACCGCAACCAUGGCUUCAACAGCCACCCUCGCAAAACCCCGUUAUGCAGGUCCGAUCACUCUAGUAAGCGAAGUCAUAAAAGCCCACGGCAUCCUCGGCAUGUGGCACGGUCAAUCAGGAACAUUCCUAAGAGAAACAGGUGGUUCAGCAGUAUGGUUCGGCACGUACGAAUACGUUUCUCUCGCUUUUCGAAACCUUCAUCUUUCAAGAACUGGAGUUGCAAAGGAGGAAACUUCAGCGGGCGAGAUGAUGAUCGCUGGUGCUUGUGCGGGUGUAUGUUAUAAUGGGGUGUUAUUCCCGGCGGAUACAAUUAAAAGUCGAAUGCAAACUGCGGCGGUAGGUGGGGUUGGGAGUCGACAGAUGGGAUUUUGGGAUACGGGGAAGGAUAUUUAUAGAUCUGGAGGGUUUAGAGGGUUGUACAGAGGGUGUGGGAUUACGGUGUUAAGAUCUGCGCCGGCUAGUGCGGUUAUCUUUUUGGUGUAUGAGACUUUGAAGGCGAGGUUUUGA